UUAGUGUAUAUAACAUAGAAAAGUAACAUUGUUACAUGUAGGAAAUGGGACAAGAAGAGGAGGUGAAUCAGAGUAGUCUGUGUAUUGAACUAUUUAUAGUGAUCAUUUCUAGAUGAUAACUGAAAGCAAAACUUUGCAGAAAUGAGCAAGAGAUAAUAAUCUCUGCUUAGAAGUAAUUAUCACUGAUAAAGUUUUUCUGUGUAUUUGUUUUGGAGCAACUUAAGAUAUUACUAUGGUCACUUGGGUACGAUCCUGAAGGUUUUUCUGUGUAUUUCUUUUGGAGCAACUUUAGAUAUUACUAUGAUCACUUGGGUACGAUCCUGAAGGUUUUUCUGUGUAUUUUUUUAGGAGUAUCUUUAGAAAUUACUUUGGUCAUUUGGGUCAACGACCCUGAAGACUUUGGAUGUAGGAUUAGUAACUGUUCUUCAACAUUGAAAAACUUUAAAAAAGAAUUUGUACAGGCUGUGAAUGUGCACUGUCUUGUUGGAUAUAAAUAUAAAAUUUUUGAUGUCGUGUGUGUAAAAUUAAGAAAAAAAUAGUGAUUCAAAGAUGAAUAUAGCCAGCAUCAUUCGUCUGUUCUAAUGUUCUAAAUAAAAACUUAUCUGAAUAAAUAACCAGGGAAAUUGAUGGAAAUUUCAUCCUUGCUAUUGAUGAAUUGAUUUUAAAUUUGACAAACAAAAGAAUAAAAGAGCUGUCAAUUUUUCUUCUGACAAAGGAACUCUUAAAUCUUAGAAAUUCGAGACCUAUUGAAAAUAUCUGACAGAUGACUUGAGAAAAAGAAACCUCAGAAAAUUGAGACCUUAGGAAUAAUUGUAUGACUAAUGUAGCAGUGUUUACCAAUAUUUUCUAGGGAAUAUUGCAAAUAACUAAUUAUGACUAAUAGUUGUCAGUUAUUACAAACCACUAUCAAGUAUCGAUGAGUUUAUUCUUUAUUUCGGUCAGAGACACUUUGAAGUACUGAAGAUUCUAUAUAAUUUUAUUAUUUUUGGUUUGUUUGAAAUGUAUGUUAGCAGAACGAGUAUUGGAAGUGAAUCAUCCAACUUAUUAAGUGAUAUGGCAUAAUGAUUUAGAUUUUUCUGUGCAAAUGGAUAUCCAAAUAGUCUUGAUCAAUAAUUGGAUCCUUCUUGGGAUGGAUGAAUUUUUGUGACUGGAAUAUCAACCACUGAAAUAUGCAUACUUUCACUAAAAAAGGGAAAUUUAAUACCUUAGAUAGAAAGAAGAAAAAAGAAAUAAAGGUUACUUCACGACAUUCCUCCCCAGUAAAAUAUACUAGACAUUCAAUCUUUAUAAAGGGAUCUUCACGACUCUCCUCCCCACUUAAGCAAAUUAAACCUGAUAGACAAUCAGUAUUUGUAAAGGAUGUGGACAAACUCCAGGAAGAAGUGAACAAAGUAUACCGAUCAUUGAAUUACAUCAAGGCUGUUGUUGACAAUGAGAAGUUACAAGUCAUCCCUACAACUGCCACUGUUGUCUUGGAAACAGUCAUGGAUGUUUUCAAUCUGCUCAGUCAUUUCUUCAUGACAAAGGACACGAACACAUUACCUUCCAUUCAUAAGAAGGUAUGUCAGUGUCUGGCUUUGUUCAUCAGAUGGGCAGACAAAAUCCUGUUAAAUGGUGGGGAGCUUCUCAAUAAGGGUGAAGCUCAUGAAGUUAUCAAAGCUCUGACUGACGGUGUGGAGGAGCUGAAACAGACCAGUAUAGACAAAUUAGAAGAUAGAAAAAAUAAUGUGUCCCCGCCCAAAUCUCCUGAUCCAUUACAAAGGAAUGAUGGACAAAAAAGAGCAUCACUACCUGACAUUCCACUAACUCCACGGGAAAAAAAGAUCUUAGACGACACAAGUGGAAUGGGACUUUAUGACAAUGCCCACCUGCAUGGAUCUCAGUCGUCUGACAGUAUAAUGCACCACAGUAGAGAUCCCACAGGAGAGUUACCUCCCCCACCUAAACCACCUCUUCCAAGUGAUACUGCUGCAGUUCAUAGGAUUGUAAAAACAAGAUCUAAAUCUGCCUCAGAUGAUUUGGAAAAUGGAAAUGAGCCACCUCCUUUACCUGAGAAAGAAAAACGUCCAUCACUUGUUAAUAGUCAGGACUUUUUUACAAGUACACCUAAUGCAAAAUCAAGCCUGUCUUUGUCAGGUUAUUCCACACCGUCAAACCAGUCUCCACAUAACAGUUUGAUAAUACAAAAUGAUUCAUUUAACAGUCUUAUGGAUUGUUCAAGUUCACCCUUAAGUGUAUCACCACUAAGCCGAUCGCCAAAUAGUAGUAUGAGCUCUGGGCUUAAUCGCUCUUCCGAAGAUUUGUUAGAUAGUGCUAAUUUAAGAGUUCGAACAGACAGUUUUUCUAGGGUUCAUUCAGAAUCAGGAAUAGGUCUUAUGAAGAAAUUAACCACAUCCCUGACCAAAAGUGCUUCACAAUCUGACGGAACAAUUGGUCAGGUUAACGAGUUGACGUUAAAAAUCGAUGAAUUGACUAAAGGAAUUGCUAAAUUGACCAAUCAGAAUGGUGAAAAUAAUCUGCCACCAUUACCGGUGAAACGAUCGAAACCACAGAGACAGGCAUCUAUGUACGAUAACGUGACAGAUAGUGGAAUUAAUUUGAGUCGCAUGGAAGCAAGGAUGUCAUCAUCAUCAACAAGCAGUUCACAGUCAUUUUCUGGCUUUUCUAUUUCUCAAAAGACAACUUCUGUGUCAUACUCACAUAGGACAAGUUCUCAAGAGACAUGUUCUAGCUCUGAGGCAUUCUCUAGUACAAGUCAUUCAAGUAUAGACAGCCUGCCAAAGCCUCCACCUCUUCCUCCAAAGAAAAAACACAUACAAGAAUACAUGAGGACAUUUGGAUCUUACUCCCAACCGUCAGCAACAAUAUCAGAUUGUAUAUAUUCAAGGCAUUCUAUGAACUUUUACGAGUCACAAUGGCAUGAAACACAGAUAGAGAUACAAAGUCCCUACCCACGGUCAAAUACAAUAAGUUUGUUAUCCGAUUUAAGUUCUGAUUCAUCCAUUUCCGGUAGCGGUUUAGCAAUACCUCCACUUCCAACUAAAAGAAAGUAUAGUGAAAAUAGAGAUUCAAUGUCUUCCAUUCAGUCUGAUACAUCUUUAGAAUAUCCAAGAGAAAAGGCAGCAAGUAUGGUAGAGGGACCAACACAGGGAGCUACUGGUGACAUAGAGUUGAAAAGGUCAUCAUGUCCACCAGGUCAUUUGAAGGACAAAAUGGAGGCAACAUUAAGUAGUUUACAUAAACCAGAAAUGCCGAGAGAUGCAGACUCUGACUUUGCUGAGAUAAAUCCUUUAGAUGAUAUAGAUGUCUCUGACCAGCUCGUUAGGAAAAAAGAUUCUGAAGACGGACCAGAGAUAAGAGGUGGUUCAGUCGAUGCUAUGAUCGUACAUGCCUCUGCAGUAAAUAGAAAUGGGUCUGAAAGUGAAUCUGUUAAUCAAGAGGAUUUCCUAUUUCAAGAAGCGUUUCUGACAACGUACAGAACAUUCAUCACUCCUACCGAGUUAAUGGACAAGUUACUAUACAGAUUUCAGAAGUUCCAUCAUGCUCCAGAUAAAAAGAAGAAAGUGGCGGGUAAUGGCUUUGCCUUGUUGAUACGGAUCAUUGAUGAAGUCAGGGCCAAUGAAUUAGCUGAAAACACAACCAAAAAGAUAAUGGAUUUAGUUUUUGAACUGUUAUGUCAAGGUGACUUGAUGUUGGCAAAAAUUCUACGUAAAAAGAUAAUAGAAAAGUGUGAAAGUAAACAGACAACUGCUGAUAUUUUUCCUUCCAUGACAAUUAUGUCGUCUAUAUCAUUACAAACUAGUCCCUCAGAUAUGUUACAUGUGAAGUCACAUGACAUUGCUGAACAAAUGACAUUGUUAGAUGCUGAAUUGUUCCAAAAAAUUGAGAUUCCAGAGGUAUUAUUAUGGGCCAAAGAACAGUCAGAAGAACAAAGUCCUAAUCUUACAACAUUUACAGAACACUUCAAUAAAAUGUCCUACUGGGUACGGACCAGAAUUUUAACCCAGGAAGAAGCAAAGGACAGAGAAAAAUAUUUCAUGAAAUUUAUUAAAGUAAUGAGACACCUCAGAAAGUUAAAUAAUUUCAAUUCCUACCUGGCUAUUUUAUCUGCUGUUGAUUCUGCACCAAUCAGAAGACUAGAAUGGCAGAGACCAAAUUUAGAGGUUCUAAAAGAGUUUUGUCAGUUAAUUGAUAGUUCUGGUUCAUUCAGAGCCUACAGACAUGCGUUAGCAGAAACAGAACCACCCUGUAUUCCUUACAUUGGUUUAAUUUUACAAGACUUAACAUUUAUCAAUAUUGGAAAUCAAGAUUUCCUGCCAGAUGGCAAUAUUAAUUUUGCCAAGCGAUGGCAACAAUUCCAUAUACUGGAUAGUAUGAGAAGAUUUAAAAAGGACAAAUAUGAGAUGAAAAAGAGUGAAAGGAUAUUAUCAGUAUUCAAUAACUUUGAUGACUGUCUCUCGGAAGAAAGUUUAUGGCAAAUUUCUGAAAAAAUAAAACCAAGAGGGAAGAAAAAAGAAUUCAAACCAGAAUCUUGAUCACUUAAUGUUAGAAUCACAAAAAAAUCCUGGGUUAAAAAAACAUGAUGGCUCAAUCCAAGAGCAAAAGAGAAGAAUGAUCCAUGUCUCAAAUGUUUUUCAGAAGGUGCUAUAGAUAACAUGUAUUACAAGAGUUAUUGAGACUCUGUAAUUUGUGUGAUCUGGGUGUAAAUUGUGAUAUGCAGGACUAACUUUCACCAUUGUUAUGUAUUAUUUAUUUAUACAGUAAUUUUGUAUUGUAUGUAUAUCAGCAGUUAAUUAUGGCAUGUUAAAGCGAGAUGAUUUUUCAGAAAAAGAAAUGCAUCUUUAUGGUAAAAAGAAAAGUGACCGCACCUGUUAAAACAUUUAAACCCGCUGCAUUUUUAUGCACCUGUCUUAAGUCAGGAGCCUGUUGUUCAAUGGUUGGCGUUUAUUGGUGUGGUUCAUAAGUGUUUCUCGUUUUUUAUAUAGAUUAGACCAUUGGUUUUCUGGUUUGAAUUGUUUUACUCUAGUCAUUUUGGGGCCCUUUAUAUCUUGCUGUUCGGCUUGAGCCAAGGCUCUGUGUUGAAGGCUGUACUUUGACCUAUAAUUGUUUACUUUUUAUACAUUGUGACUUAGAUGGAGAGUUGUCUCAUUGGCACUCAUACCAUAUCUGCUUAUUUAUAUCAUUAUGUAAUUUUUGUAGUGACAAUUCAGGUUUUGGGUAUUAAAAGGGGACAUGGCAACUAAAAUUACUUAAAAGUCAAAACAAAUAGUAAAUUGUUCUGACACUAAUCUAUGUUGCAUUUUUAUAAUGCUCAUAACAGAGUGUGUGGAAAUUGUGUCCUUUGGUUUACAACUCCAAGCAGUUUGAUUGGUGUUUUAACACAACCCAUUUCAGUAUAUUUGAAUUUGACCUGCAUUUUAGUUCGAUUCACACUACAUGUGUAUCUAAAUAAUCCCCUCCCUGGAUAUGAGUCUAAAUCAUCUCCACUGGUUAUGAAAGUAAUAACAAUGAAAAACAGUAUGUCCUAUAACAUUUAUGAACCACAAGACCAUAAACAAAUGUAUUAUAUAUCUAUAUAUAUACUUAUUUAACAAGUCUAUUUACCAAUAAAAUGAACUGGUAUACAUUGAAAAAAAAAAACUAAUUAUUUUUUACAAGGCAUUGUAUAACUUAUAAUGACAUGUCAGUAAACAAGAUUAUUAAUAAAUCAUAAUCCCAUGAACAAUGGUAAAUAUAGAUUUUGAUCAUAAAAGUAACACAACGCAAAGUAUAGAGUUUUAUUCGUUUAUUACAAUACAAAAGAGAUAACAACGGUAAUAAAUUAAAUUACAUUUUUAGAAAUACUGAUUCAACUAUUCGCUCAUUACCAAUUAUUCUAGAUAAUGUGAUACAUUGAAAAAAAAUAGUUCUUGUAUAACUCACAAUGUCAUUCUUUCCUUGAAAUCUCCCAAAAAAGUAUUUUGUACUAAUUUUUCAAACACAUUUUUUGUUUGAAAAUUAGACAUGUUGAUGUAUCAGAAUAUUUUGCCAUUAUAAAGUGAUGUAAGGUCAAGAGGUCAGACAGGCAUGUUUUGCCAUUACCAAGAGAUGAAAGAUCAAGGUUACGAUAGGCAUGUAUAUAUAGCUUUAUAUAUUUAUUUGAAGACAAAAACUUCCAGCUGGUCUGAGAAGUAAAUUUGAUGUGUUCAGUAGACAUAUAGAACCAGUAAUGUGUAUUUCUUAUUUAUCAUAAAUCACAUAUUUCUUAUGUUCAUUCAAGCGUGUAUCUCAUACUGUAUCGAACAAUGAUCAUGUGUUCGUUCAAACGUGUAUCUUAUACUUUAUGGUGAACUAUGAUUGUGUUCAUUCAAGCGUGUAUCUCAUACUGUAUCGAACUAUGAUCUUGUGUUCAUUCAAGAAUAUGAGGAACUAUGAAACAAAUUUAUACAAUAUAUGUGGUUUGUAAUUCUGUCAUGCAAUGUGUAUCAUUAUACUAUAAAAGUUUUACAAUGUGUUUUUCAUACUGAAAAAAUUUAAGGUGUCUUUUCGAACUGUCAAACUUUAAAUAACUGUGUAUUUCAUACUGCAAAGAUAUAUACUGUAAAUUUAAUUUCGAAUCACUGAUUCAAUACUGUUAAAAAUGUGAGAUGUAAUUAAUGUGAUUGCAAAACUUGUGUCAAGGAAAAUCUCUACUGAAAAUAUGAAUGUUUUUUUUUUAUUAUUGAGAACCUGAUACUGAUUCACAAAAACAUAGCAAUAAUUUUCUGAAUUUACAGUACAUGUACUGGUAGUGUAUUUUCAUACUGUUAUUAAACUGUAAAGCAAUGUCUUUCUCCUUGUUUACAAUUAUGCAAUGUGUUUCUCAUAUAGUUGAAAAAAAUAAAAGCUAUGUGCAGUUUGAACUUAUACACUUUUUUCCCCAUUUUGAAACUAUCCACAUUAUGUUUAUUGUACUGUAGCCAGUUCCUGUAAAUAAGCCAGUUUUUAAAAAGAAAUUUUUCUAUUUGCUCAGAACUCCAGAAGUUGUGAAACAAUUAAUUAAUAGGCAGUUUUCAUAUAGAAAUUUUUCUAUUCGCUCAGAACUCUAAAGUUGUGAAACAAUUAUUUAAUAGGCAGUUUUCAUAAAGAAAUAUUGCUAUUUGCUCAGAACUCCAGAAAUUGUUUUACAUGAUAGGAAACUAAAUCAUUCAGCACAUAUCCAUAACUGAAAAAUAUUGAAAGUAUGCUUUAUGAAUAUAACUACUAUGUAGAAAAGUAUGAGGACCUUUAAGUAUAAUAAAUAUGAUUCUUUUUUAUAUUGAACAAAUAGAAUAUGUUUUAAAUCAGUUAUGAAUUUGCAUCAUUUUAUAGAUGUCUAGUUGACUUAUUAUCUAAUUUACAAUGUAAAAUAGUGCUACGCUACAAAUGACCAGGUCUGUUACAGAAAUAAUUAUAUGGAUUGGUUAGAUAGACAUUUUAAACGAUAAAAAAUAUCAAAAGAGUAUAGACAUCUUUAUCCAUAAAGAUGCCUUUACACUGUACGAUUAACCAUCCGAUUUGAUACAGUCGCCUAGUUAAAUCAUACAGUGUUCUGUUCACACAAUACAAUUUUCCAUUCGAUUAACCAAACGACAUCUGAAUUUAAUGUUCACACGGUGUGAUUUUUGUCCACACAACAUUAUAGGUAAGAAAAAAACAGAUGGAAAAUCGCAUCGUGUAAUCCCACUUUUAGCCUUCCACCAUUCAUAUAAAUUAGUUCUGGAACACCUUUUUACAUAUGUAAAUUGUUGAUAUGCAGAAUUAAAUGCAAGAUGACUUAGAAAUAAUUUGUUGUUAUUAUGCAAAGUACACUUAUUGACCAUGCACAUUUUAUACCUGUUUAUUUAUGCUAAACAAGAGCCCAUUUUAGUACAUUGUUGAGAGACAUUUUUUAAUGUUAUUUAUAGUCCAAUAUACCCAAAUGUCCAAAUAAUUGUUAAAAGAUGAAAAGCUGGUCUUUGAAUAAAUGUUGCCAGAAUUAUGUACACAUAUUUUUAAAAAUAGAUGCAUCUUAUUGUGUGUAAUUUUUUUUAUAGAUGUGGAGUGCACUUGGAGAUAUAUUGGAAUUUUUUAUUUCCUCAAAGUUUUGUCACUGAUUUUUGAAAUGUUAUGGGGAAAAAAAAGAGUUAUUAAGCCAAAACUUUUAAAACUUUUUGAACUAAAAGAGUAAAAGCUCAAAAUGAAUGUCAGCUAAAAGUCUGUGCAUACAUUUAAGGUCUUAAUUUGUCCCAAAUAUCAGGUUAACUAUUUCAUUAUGAAAAGUGUUUCACGACAACUUAAUGUUACAAUAUCUUUUUUUGUCAAGGCAAUCCAUUAAAUUCCCAUUUCUGAAAACCAACAGAAAUGGCCUGUAUUCAUUGAAUUUGGUAGAAAAUUGAAAUUAAGUGACUUCAUAAAAAAUCACUGAUACAUUUAUUUUCAUAAAUAGACUUAUAUUCUAUCAUCAAAUCCUAAUUUGAAAAUUUAGCUAGAAAAAGGGGCCAUAUUAGGGCCACAUCGAAUCUACUCCUCUAGGUCUAAAAAAAAUACAAAGAUAAAAAAUAUUUUUAAAAAUUUAUGUGACUUUUAAUUCAAUUGAUAUCAUACUAAUGCAAAGAGAAUUAAAGUAUUAGUUGAAUUAUUUUGAAAGUUUCUAUUUUCUGUCAAACAUAAUCAAAAUAAUAUUGAAAAGUUUAAAUUAAGGUACUUUCAUUGCUAUAUUUUAUCAAUUGACCAUUCGAGACUAGGAUAUUUUCAGGAAAAUUUAUUUUCUUUUCAAAUGACCUUUUGGGAUAUGUAGAAUAUUAUUCUACACACUGAACCAAUUAUAGAUACUAGCGUACAGAGUGUGUUACAUGUAUAUGCAAUCAUAGAACAAAAUGCAAUAAUUUUUGAUAGAAAAUUUUGUACCUUUAUUUUAGGGGCCAAAUUUCAUGUUGUACUUUGUAGUGUUAUUCCUUCUGUGAGGGUCUCAUUGGGGUCUUUAGGUGUGACAGGGGAUUGCCGAUUUUUUUGUAAGCGUGACACGUGAAAGUUAAAUUAUUGUGCCGUGAAAACGGGAAAUGAAGUCUAGUGGAACACGGGAAUUUACAAAAAAAUGAGAAUUGCUUACGUACAUAGUGUAAGCGGGAUACGGGAAUCUGACAAAUCAGUAAGCGGGAUCCGAGAUCAGAACCCCCCAAUGAGACCUCCUUCUGUAUCUGUAUUAAACUUACUCCCAAAACCAUACAUGUGGUAACCAAAGUUUCUUAAAAGUGACAAAUACUGUUAUAAUUCUAUCAAGAUCUUUGAUUUGAUAUCAGGUUUUCAUAAAAACCCAUUUGUAAAGUUAGAACUAAGAUCACAUUCAGUGGAAAAAUCACAAUAUCUGUCACAAAGUAUUAUUUAUUUCAAUACUUGGUAAUUUUGUAAAUAGCUCUAGAUGCAUAAUCAAUUGAAUCAACCAAUUGAGCAAUUAAAAAGGUUUAAUAUAUGUACAAUUUUGGUUGUAAGUCAUGAAAGCUAACUAUGAAAAUCCUAGCACAGAUGCAAACAUUGGAAUUGCAAGAUUUUUUUUUUUAAUUAACAAGUGUACAACUAACAUUUUGAACAAAAAAUUACAUGUAGUCACUGUUGCCAUCUUUUGCAUAUAAAGGUGGUAACAUGAUUUAUUUGUUUAUAAACCAUGGGGAAUAAUUUAAAUUGAUUUUUUUUUUGCUAUUAUGAGAUCCCCAAAGUUUGACUUCUCUUUUUAUUGUAUAUAUAUAUUUGUGAUACAGAUAUAAAUCACAAAAGAGCUUGUAAAUUUUACAAAGAUUUGAAAUUAAUUAAUCCUUUGUUUCUGUCAUAACCUUUGUAUAUAAAGUUGUUUUUAUACUAGUGUAAGAUUUUUUAGUCAUUAAUUUAUUUCUGAAUGGACAUUACACAGUGACCAGUGUUCUUGUAUAUUUAUUUUCAGAUAAGAUAUACAAAUAAGGCAACAUAUGAAGAAAAAAAAAACAAACAGCAUGUAUAUCUUGGUUUAUUUUGAUCAGUAUUAAAACAUUUUGACCACAUGACCUUAACUAACUUUAUCUCUAGAAAAAAAGGCAUAUUGUUUUAAAAUCUUUUGAUUAUUUAACAGAAUAUUGAGAGCCAUAGCCAUUUCAGUAAAAUUGAGGAAAGUAUAACGAAAAUUUGUUUUACACUAUACUAUGCAUAAGUUUAUAAAUCUAUGUAAAUGAAGGGGAACAUUACUUAACAAAAUCAAAGGUAAUUUAUUUUCCUUUAGCCCUGUAUUUGUCAACAUUUUAUGUUUUAAGAAAUUAAAGUCAUAAAACAAAGUCAUUGUGAUGAACUUGCAAGAUUUUUUUAAAGAUUAAUUGAUGAGAUGAAUUUCUCGAAGUAAUGGCAAUGUUUAAAUUUGUUAAAAAUUAUUAGAUGAAAACUCUGCUUAUUAACUAUGACAACAGUAAAUUAGACAAUGCGAUAGAAAGAGCUAAUGUGUAGUACAUCUGACUGUGUAGAGAGGUUCAUUUGGUCACUAAAAUGUGUUGUUUUAGCUAUUUUUGUGUACAAAUAUGUAUAACUACCACAUGCCUGAUUAAAAAAUUGUCAAAUUAUAAA